AGGGGAGCGAGUCGUGGGCGACUGGCGGCGGGCUCUGAGGCGGUGAGUGCAAAGCCUCAGGCCUGGGUUCCCUCUAGCGCCGCGCUGUGCUAGGCCGCCCUCCGGGAUGCAGUGGGCCGUGGGUCGGCGGUGGGUUUGGGCCGCGCUGCUUCUGGCUGCCGCAGCUGUGCUGACCCAGGUCGUCUGGCUCUGGCUGGGUACGCAGAGCUUCGUCUUCCAGAGGGAAGAGAUCGCGCAGCUGGCGCGGCAGUACGCUGGGCUAGACCACGAACUGGCUUUCUCUCGGCUGAUUGUGGAGCUGAGGCGUCUGCACCCAGGCCAUGUGCUGCCGGACGAGGAGCUGCAGUGGGUGUUUGUGAACGCGGGCGGCUGGAUGGGCGCCAUGUGCCUUCUGCACGCCUCGCUGUCAGAGUAUGUGCUGCUCUUCGGCACCGCCCUAGGCUCCCGUGGCCACUCGGGGCGCUACUGGGCUGAGAUAUCAGACACCAUCAUCUCUGGCACCUUUCACCAGUGGAGAGAGGGCACCACCAAAAGUGAAGUCUUCUACCCAGAUAGCCUGUGGACCAGAGAAGCAGCAGCAAUAGAAGGGCAGGGCAAAGCUGGGCUCCUUAUAUGGGUGCUCCUUGUCCCCCAGGGGAGACAGUAGUACAUGAGCCUGGAGAAGCAACAGCUGUGGAGUGGGGACCAAACACAUGGAUGGUGGAGUACGGCCGGGGUGUCAUCCCAUCUACCCUGGCCUUCGCGCUGGCUGACACUGUCUUCAGCACCCAGGACUUCCUCACCUUCUUCUAUACUCUGCGCGCGUAUGCCCGGUGCCUCCGGCUUGAGCUCACCACCUACCUCUUCAGCCAGGACCCCUGACCAGCUAGGCCUGAAGGAAGACCUGUGAAUGGACAGGAGUGGGUGGGCGCACACAUGUCCACUUGCCGGAGCCCAUGUUUACAGACAGGUACAUAUUCACACCAUGCAGAUAUUAAGUUCCCGUGUACAAGCAGGGACAUCCAUGCUUAUACAUCCAAACACAGAGACCUUUGGGAACAAAUGGGACACAUGUAGAUAUAGAGAUCUGUAUGUACAGCAGGAUCACAUACUCAUACCCAUCCAGAAAGGGAACCUCACACUAGGGAGCCAGUCAUGUUCAAACACAUACAUAAACUUAACUCACUAACUCAGGCCUUUCCAGAGCUUUCUACCCCCUUUCCUCAAUCAGGGCUUUGGAGUUAAGGAUAGGGGUGGAUAUUACACCACCUCAGUCUGACUCCUCAACCCAGCAGCAAUUUGAUGGGGUAGAGAGGAGCUACCCUUCACCUGCACCUGUGAUGCCCUUUCUUUUCUCCCCUGCCCACACCAUAUGCCUUAUCUCCAAUCCACUCCCCUGCUAUGCAAGUGCCCCUGUGGCUUGUCUCAUACCCUCUCAGUAACCAAGUCAGCUAGAGAGUCAGAGUAAUGUGGACAAUGCUGAAGUCAGAGUCUUUCAUUCCUAAAAGACCCCUGUUCUCUCUUAGGAGUAUUACGCGGAAGCUGGCUUUAGCCCAGGGCCCACCACUAAGGAGAGGAUCUGGAGAGGCGGGCCUAAUUCCCAGGACCAUCCUUAGUCUAGAGAAGGCCUUUUCUGUGCAAACACAUACACAGACCCAUCACAGUUUCAAUAUAGCCCUGCUACAUUCUCUGUCUGUUUGUUUUAAUAAAGACCUGUCAAUCUG